UGAACUGAUGGGUGACUUCAUGUAUCACCGGCAUCCUCACACUGAAGCACACAGCCACCCUCAGACAGACAGACAGAGAGAGAGAGAGAGAGAGAAAGAGAGAGAGAGAGAGAGAGAGAGAGAGAAAGGGAGAGGGAGGGAGAGAGCAACCGUGGCACCCCGUUAGAGAAAAUGAUCAGUCCCUGAGCGAGACGCGAGGGUCAUUCGAUGCCGUCUCCUCCGUAGCGGAUCACCGGGAGACGCACGCUGCUGUCCGGAUGACUUUCCAAGCUGCGCGGCGCAUCAGCACUUAGACUAAAUCCAUUCAUCUGCCCGUACACUGAUCCACCGGCGGACAGGUGGCGGCCGGACGCUGCGCUCAUACCACCGGGUCCUCUCCUCAUCUUCCUCCUCCUCCUCAUGAACGAGUCUCCCGGCUGUUUCAAGAAUGAUGUGAAGAUCACUUAAGACAAGGCCAUUUCUCAGCUCAAUUUUCCUCAGUGCAAUCCCCACAUUCGCUGGUACGCAACCCCUUUCCUCUGAGCUUGGUAUUCACUGGAGCCCUGUGGGGAUGGGGACAUGCUCAGAUAAAGGAUGGACUUACUACAGCCUCACGAAAGGUCACCACCCUCCAAAGGUUAUGUCGUGGCCCCUGGCCCUGUGUCUAUUGACUGUAGUCAUUCUGAAUCAAAAGACGACUCUUGGACAGACAAUGAACACUUUUCAAUCCGAGAGGAAGGAAUGGCCGUUGAACCAUCUGACGGUGCAUCAGUCCACUGGGACUCUGUACAUCGGCGCGGUCAACCGAAUCUACAAGUUGUCCGCUAAUCUGACCCUUUUGGUAUCUCACGACACAGGUCCGGAGUAUGAUAACAAAGCAUGUUACCCUCCCUUGAUAGUUCAGCCCUGUUCUGAGCCUUUGGCCUCUUUGGACAACGUCAACAAGCUGCUGCUUAUCGACUACUCCCACAACCGGCUGUUGGCCUGCGGCAGCCUCUAUCAGGGCAUCUGUAAGUUGAUGAGGCUAGACGACUUAUUUAUCCUGGUAGAGCCCACGCAUAAGAAAGAACAUUAUCUGUCCAGCGACAACCAGACAGGAACGAUGUAUGGGGUCGUCGUUCCCUCGCAGGGACAGGAUGCUACCCUCUACAUCGGCACUGCUGUCGGCGGCAAACAGGAUUACUUCCCAACUAUCUCCAGCCGUAAGCUCCCCCGCGACCCGGAGUCCUCGGCCAUGCUCGACUACGAGCUUCACACUGAUUUCGUUUCAUCUCUAAUCAAAAUCCCUUCCGACACACUGGCUCUCGUGCCGCACUUUGACAUCUACUACAUCUACGGUUUCUCCAGCGGAAGCUUUGUCUACUUCAUGACCGUCCAGCCGGAGACUCCGGAGAACGGCAUGCCUGCGGGCAGCUCCCCCGGUGACCUCUUUUACACAUCUCGAAUCAUCCGGCUCUGCAAGGGUGACAAGAAGUUUCAUUCGUACGUCUCGCUUCCCGUGGGGUGCGUGCACAGAGGUGAGGAGUACCGUCUGCUGCAGGCGGCGUACCUAUCUAAGGCCGGCAGAGUGCUGGCUGGGUCGCUCAACAUCAGCGCCCAGGAGGAUGUCCUCUUUGCGGUGUUCUCCAAAGGACAAAAGCAAUACUACGAGCCUUCAGAUCACUCUGCUCUGUGCAUCUUCACCAUCCAAGACAUCAACAUGCGAAUUAAGGAGCGGCUCCAGUCCUGCUACCAGGGAGAGGGAAACCUGGAGCUGCACUGGUUGCUGGGAAAGGACGUGCAGUGCACAAAGGCGCCCGUUCCCAUCGAUGACCACUUCUGUGGCCUGGAUAUCAACCAACCCCUGGGCGGCUCCCAGCUGGUGUCCGGUCGGACAGUGUUCACUGAGAGACGGGACAGGCUUACCUCGGUCACCUCCUACAUCUACAACAGACACAAUGUGGUCUUUCUGGGCACAAGGAGCGGACGUCUAAAAAAGGACCUGAGUCUGGGGGGACCAAGGUUACCGUCGUUGGGGAAAAUCUGAGUGCUGGCAGCACUAUAACUGUGUACUUUGGGAAUCAAACCUGUGAACUGUACAGGAGGAGCAUGUCAGAGAUUGUGUGCUUUGCAGCUCCAUCGUUGACAGGAGCGGGACCAGUGCAAGUGCGUUUGAGUGUGGACCGGGCCAAAGCUCCUGGAAGUCUGACCUUCGAGUACAUAGAAGACCCCACAGUCCAGAGCAUCGAACCCAUGUGGAGCAUUGCCAGCGGGCACACCACCCUGACGGUGACAGGGACAAACCUGGAUGUGGUUCAGGAACCUCGGGUCCGAGUCAAGUAUGCUGGCCACGAAUCUGUCGACGUGUGCAAAGUUUUGAACACCACUACCAUCAGCUGCUUCGCCCCUUCUCUGAAGGCGGAUUACACCGCCGAGCAGGAGACAAUAAAACACGUGGAUGAGUUUGGCUUCGUCUUCAACAAUGUCCAGGCUCUGCUCACCUACAACAACACGGGCUUUGUCUACUAUCCCAACCCUUACCUGGAGCCCCUCAGCCUCUCGGGCGUUCUGGAGCAGAAACCUGGAGCUCCCAUCAUUCUCAAGGGCCGUAACCUGGUGCCAUCUGCCUCCGGUGGAGCCCGGCUGAAUUACACGGUGCUGAUCGGAGAGACCCCCUGUUCCCUCACCGUCUCAGACACUCAGUUACUCUGCGAGCCACCCAACCUCACCGGGCAGCAUAAAGUCCUGGUGCAAGUAGGUGGACUGCACAUCUCUCCUGGUGAAGUCCACAUCCGGUCGGACAGCUUGCUAACCAUGCCCGCUAUUCUCAGCAUCGCAGCCGGUGGAGGGUUGCUGCUUAUCAUCGUCGUAAUUGUCCUGCUCGCCUACCGACGAAAGUCGCACGAGAAUGACCUCACUCUGAAGCGCCUGCAGAUGCAAAUGGAUAAUCUGGAGUCUAGAGUAGCUCUUGAGUGCAAAGAAGCCUUCGCCGAACUGCAGACAGACAUCAACGAGUUAACCAGCGAUCUUGACAGAGCUGGCAUCCCCUUCCUGGACUAUCGCACGUAUUCGAUGAGGGUUCUCUUUCCUGGCAUUGAUGAUCACCCUGUGCUGAGGGAGCUGGAGGUUCCCGGGUGCGGACAGGCGAACGUGGAGAAAGCCUUGAAGCAGUUUGCUCAGCUGGUGAACAACAAGGUUUUCCUGCUGACAUUCAUCCGCACGCUGGAGACGCAGCGCUCCUUCUCCAUGCGCGACCGCGGCUACGUCGCUUCGCUCAUCAUGACCUCCCUGCAAGGGCGCUUGGAGUACGCCACAGACAUCCUCAAGCACCUGCUCUCGGACCUUAUAGAGCGCAACCUCGAGAGCAAGAACCACCCCAAGCUUCUCCUCCGGAGAACAGAGUCGGUGGCAGAGAAGAUGCUGACAAAUUGGUUUGCCUUCCUGCUUCACAAAUUUCUCAAGGAGUGCGCCGGCGAGCCCCUGUUCAUGCUGUUCUGUGCCAUCAAACAGCAAAUGGAGAAGGGCCCCAUAGACUCCAUCACAGGGGAGGCUCGCUAUUCCCUCAGUGAAGACAAACUCAUCCGGCAGCAGAUUGAAUACAAGACGCUGACGCUGAGCUGUGUGAACCCCGACAAUGAGAACAGCCCAGAGAUCCCAGUCAAGGUGCUCAACUGUGACACCAUUACCCAGGUGAAGGAGAAGAUCCUGGAUGCUGUGUACAAAAACAUGCCGUACUCUACACGACCACGAGCUACUGACAUGGACCUUGAGUGGCGGCAGGGCAGAACAGCUCGGGUGGUCCUGCAGGAUGAGGACAUCACGACAAAGAUAGAAGGCGACUGGAAGAGACUCAACACACUCAUGCACUACCAGGUAUCUGAUCGCUGUGUGGUGGCCUUGGUGCCCAAACAGAUGUCCUCUUUCAUCAUUCCCUCGUCAGCCAGCUUCCCACGCAGUAUCAGCAGAUAUGGUAUGGAUGUGCCAUUCCGCUCCACCCCCACCAGCCCCGACAGCCCUCACUCCCGUGUGCCUAUGCUGACUCCUGACCUGGAGAGCGGCGUCAAAGUUUGGCAUUUAGUCAAGAACCAUGACCACGGCGACCAGAAGGAGGGCGAGCGAGGAAGCAAGAUGGUGUCCGAGAUCUACCUGACGAGGCUGCUGGCAACAAAGGGUACAUUACAGAAAUUUGUGGACGACCUAUUCGAGACUUUGUUCAGCACCGUGUGCAGAGGCACCGCUCUUCCCCUCGCGAUCAAAUACAUGUUUGACUUCCUCGAUGAGCAGGCCGACAGACACGGCAUCCAUGAUAUGGACGUUCGCCACACGUGGAAGAGCAACUGCCUCCCGCUGCGGUUCUGGGUGAAUGUAAUCAAGAAUCCCCAGUUUGUGUUUGACAUCCAUAAAAGCAGCAUCACCGACGCCUGCCUGUCAGUGGUGGCGCAGACCUUUAUGGACUCUUGCUCAACGUCUGAACACCGUUUGGGCAAAGACUCGCCCUCCACCAAGCUGCUCUAUGCCAAGGACAUACCCCACUAUAAAAGCUGGGUGGAAAGGUACUAUGCUGACAUCAACCGCCUACCUGCCAUCAGUGAUCAGGAUAUGAAUGCCUAUCUGGCUGAACAGGCUCGCCUGCACUCCAGCGAGUUCAACGUGCUCAGCGCCCUGCAUGAGAUCUACGCUUACGUCAGCAAGUACAGCCAAGAGAUCAUUGAGGCACUGGAGCAAGACGAACAAGCCCAGAAGCAGAAGCUGGCAUAUAAAGUGGAGCAGAUCAUAUUUGCUAUGUCUCCUGAGAGCUGAGACAUACACACUAAGAUAUGGGGAGGGUGGGGGGGGGGGGAAUCCCAAGACAAAUGAACAUUGAGAAUGUCCACACUGCAACAUAUAACACCACAAAUCAAAGUGUAACGGCGGAGUUUGAAACAUUCAACACACAUGUUCCUCUGACGUGGACAUCCGCGCUCCCAUAUGUGCAUGUGUGAUCAUAAUCACAUGCACUCACACAGUAUACACAGAGAGAUUGCAGAUUUAUCUUACUGUGUAAACACACACACACACACACACACACAUACACAAACCGUGGCGCACAUCACGCAACAGAGCAUCCCAAAGCAAAGACUAUUAAAACCAGUGUCACGUUUUUUUGUUUUUUUUUUUCUUCGAAGAAGCUCCAACAAGAAAACAUUCAACUUCUAAAACACAUAACGGAGAGAAAAAGGAUUUAGGCCGUCAUCAGUUGCAGAUUUUACUGCCAAUUCCUGUCCACUGGGAAAAUGGUUCUUCUUUGUAGUUGGUGCUUAUACUGCGAGGCACCAGCGUGAGCUCUGCAGAGAACAGUGCUUAAUAAGAGAAUGACUCAACGCUAAAGCCACUGGAGGAGCUCGACGAAGACAGGAGCCAAUUUAAAGGGACGGCGCGUCGGCUGAGACGUGACUCAAAGUACGUUUUAUACGUCUGAGUUGAAGGACCGUUAUUCGUGUGACUGACUUGGAGUGACGUUGCUAUUUGUAGCCAUUCUGAGCAGAGACGUGUAACUUUGUGUUCUCAAGCCUUUGCUGUGGGCUUUUAAAAGAUGUGCAGUGUUAUGCUUCAGUCAGAGACGAUUUGCUGAACCUCUAGCCUCCGAAAGCAGUACAAUCUCUCACUGACAAGGUAAGAGUCCCACUUGUUUAAUAACCCGACUCGAAGAGCCUCCCGUUUUUAAUAUAUAUGGAGAUAUUUUGGGCCCACUUCCUGGCUUUUAGUGCCAAAUAUACUGCAUCUCGUGAUUCAUUCAAGUUAAAUGCUCGUGUCAAGGCUAUUAAUAAAACAUGACAUUGUACGGAAGAGAUCUCGUUUGAGAUAGGCCAUUUUUUACCGUGAUCUAUAGAGCACUAAUUCAGCCAUUCAAAGAUAAGUGGAGGCCUAAUUGAACUGUUGCAGAAAGCAUGAUUAAUGAUGUUUUAAGGUUGAUCGCGGAUCAGUUUGGCCUAACUUUGGCCCACGGCACCCCCCCACCCUUCGCUUUUCAUCGGUUAUUGUUUACAUGAAGCGUAAUACUUGAAAUGCACCCAGUUUACAGGAUAUUAAAAACACCUGCAGCUCAUGUCAUGUAACCUGGGCAGAUUAAGUUAGAUAAAGGCCUUGAUGAUUUAUUGAUUUCUUCUCACUAUAGCAUCUUACUUGAGCUUGAUGUGAAAAUGAAAGUUUUCUGAAAAGCUGCACAGGAUUUUUGUGAGAGGAGCUUUAGAUUAGUGCUGAGCAGGCGUAUUUAUAUUCUGUAAACAGAGUGACUAUUUAAUUAAUGAAAUCUGUGUUUGGAUCAGCUUUUGAUCCUUUUAAAAUGUGUUUUUUGUGUUUCAACCCACUGUACUCUGAAAAGGUAUUUGCCCCUUACAAAUGUCUUCUCUUUUUACUUAUUUAUUACACUCAAAUGUUUAAAACAAUCAAACAAAAUUCAAUAUCAAAGAUAACAACCUGAUUAAAUACAAAAAAGAAAACGUUUUCUAACAAUUAUUUCAUUUUGGGAAGGGGGGGCACUAGCACAGUGAAAAUAUAAUUAACCCUUUGUUAAUCUAUGAAUUAUCUGUUUUUAGUAUCAUUUAAACAGAACCUUCCUGGCAACAUGAAGUAGACUAAACAGUCUCAUAAAGCAAAACAUUAUGCCAUGAAAUAUUAUUCUAUUAGAUCACCUGCCCCAGUUAAGGUCACUGAAGCUGAGUAAAAAAAAUGGCAUAAACAUCAAGCUUCCAAGGCAUCGCAAUAACUCUCCCACAAAAGGGACAUUAUUUAGAAAAAACUAAAUUAAAUUUUGCAUUUAAAAUUAUGGUGGCAGCCUGAUGGUCUGGGGAUAAUCUAAAAAAAAAUCCUGAAAGCAAGUUCUGUCAUCAGUUUAGGACAUUAAGAUAAAGUACACUUGACUUAUGCAGCAGGAGAAUUGAUUCAAAGCGAAGCAACAUGUCCAACUUUAAACUGUUGGAAUGGCAAAACAAAUUUGUGGUUUUGAGUGGCCAAAUAACAUUUUUGGACAUAAAAAGAUUAAAAAAAACAUGUCAACAUCUUCAAGUAAAACAGUAACUUAUGCGGCAAGAGUUCAAGAUUCUUUAUUGUCACCGCGUGUUACUGUGGUGAAGUUCGUUUCAGGGCAUACUCUAAGCUAGAGGACACACAACAAACAACAGACAACAAACAUGUGUGCAGCUUUUUUUUCCUUCUAUUUUCCCCAGAAUUUGUUCUGAUACUUACUUAGUCCUUUUUGAGCCUAAAAAUAAUUUUGCUCCGAUUGCGGUCACGAGACGUGAACAUUGUUUAGCCAUCUGCUGGUAGUACCGCGGAACUAUCACAAAGCAAGAUGGCGACAAAUGAAGCAGCGACAGUAACCCGUCCUACAACGCCUCAGGGUACAGUGACAGCUCGCUGUGGUUGUACACCGACCCUAUUUACAGAGUGAGGGUUACUCAUUCUUUCUUUUCGUACCUCCGCUGGACAUUGUUGACUCGCUAGGCUCCAUCACAGACAUAGAGAUGUAGAUACCUUGUUGAGGGCUAAAUCGCACGUUGACGUCACUCCAUAUUGGAAGUAGAGAGAUUUGGAGAUGAUGCCUCAUUCAUGUGCUGGACGUGUACCAAUCAGAAUCAGAAUCAGAAAUACUUUAAUUCAUAGUACAAACUAGAGCUACUGGCAUUAAGAAUGAACAUAUACAUUAGUUAUUUAGUCAUUAUAACGUCGUAUAUGUGUGUGGGCUCCAUUGCUUCUCCUUGUUUACUCAUUGUAAGCAUGAGCAAUAUUGUACAAUCAGUCAUACGGUCUGGUUUUGGUAAACCUACACAAACGUUCUUUGUUCUUUAACAUAAUAUAGAGCAAAAACAAAGUGUAAAACAGAAAUAAAAUGUAAUAUGCCAAUUUGAUUGAAAAAACCUUUGUAUGCAACCAGAGAGAGCUACUGGCGUAGAAAUUGGUAAAGUCAUAGUACGUGACUAGUCCACUUUAAAUCCAAUUGAGAUGCUGUGGCAUGAGCUUAAACAGGCUGUUCGUGUCUGACAACCCUCUAAUAUGCCUAAGUUAAAUUAAUUUUGCAAAGAAGAAUUAAUUCAAUUUUCCCAGCGGUAUAAAUGACUCACUGUGAGUUACCGCAAAUGCUGGCACAACCACUUACUAGGUUCAGUGGGCCAGUAGUUUUACACAUAGGGCCAGGUUGGUUUCUGUUACUAAAUAAAAUGUUCAUCUGAAAACUGUAUUUUUGUAUUUAUUCGGGUUAUCCUUUUCUAAUUUGCUGGAGGGACUAUAUAUCCCGUCUGGCCUGGGAACACCUUGGGAUCCCUAGGAAUUAGCUGGAGGAUUUCGAUGGGAAAAGAGAUGUCUGGGUUUCCUUCCUGAACCUUUUACCCCUGAGAUCCAAUCUCAGAUAAGCAGAAGACAAUGGACAUACAGAAUAUUUUUCUAAUGAUUAAAUUUGCUUGUUGCUCUGAAACAUUUAAGCGUGACAAAAAAGCAAAAUAGAAGAAAUCUGAAAAGGGGGCCAAUACCUUUUUAAGAGACUGCAGGAAGCCAAACUUGUUAAUUUUUGCUUUCCAGUAUACGUUGGACCUGGCUGCUUUAGUUUCAGUGCUGCUGUAGGUUCAGUGUCAUUUCUGAACAUUGAACCAAUGACCAUCAUGAAGGACGAAAAGUCUUUCCGGACAUCACUUCGGUUUACGGUUUUUACUUUUGAUCGUUUCACCCGUUGCGAUGACGCCAGACGAAGAUUUUUCAGUGCUUCAGGCUGUUUCAUUAACAAUCACGCUCAGUCUUCUCUUUUGCACUGCUGAUUUGACCAUUUCAGUAUUCUGGGGAGGUUUGACACUCCUCGCAGGACCUCAGUUUCUGUUAUUAUAGAAAAAUAACGUAAAAAUAAGAAAAAAAUAACUAAAUACAUUUCCUGUUACGUGUUAAAAUAUUAUGGAAUUCAUCUGUUUCAUGUGUGGUUUGACGGCGAUAAUUUAUAAAUGUGUUGUGCAAUAAACUGUCAUGUUUAAACUGUAAUUUUUUUUAAACAAUAUAUUACUGUAUAAAUACUGUACAUAAAGACACUCCUAUUUUGCAAGUAAAAAAAAAAAUCACUUUUUACUGUUGUUAUACAUUAAAAGCUCAGCUGAUGAAAAUUA